GCUGUCAGAGAGUCAGAGAGUCAGAGAGACACUGAGCGCGGAGCUGCUGCAGCUCUCUGACACACAACAACAACUAUGUGGCUUUAGUCAUUUAACAACACCGAAUCAAAGACACGGAACCACCGAGUCUCUUCCAGCCGGUUGUUUCUAAUCGAACCGUUUUGUUUGGAGCAUGUUUUCUUAAAUUGUUGCAAGUUAGCUUCCGGGUUAGCUUUAAAGUUUGUCCCUUUUUUCGACCCGAAAUUCAAACAAAGCAAAGCAAAUCCCGUCUGCAGGAGUUCAUACAAACACAUGUGAAGAUGGAGGAGUCGGAUGAUGUUUUUGUCUGCACCACCAGUCCUGUUAACAGCGUUUUGAAGAGCAGGCCCGACGACAUCCCCGGGCUUUCCUCGUUCUCUCUGCCGGAGAGAACGCACUGCAGGACCCUGUUCUCCCGCGGACCUGGACCCGGCACCGUGCUGUCUCCAGUCACCAACCUGGCUCUGGACAUGAACAACCUAGCAGGACUCGGAAGCUUUUGUGAUACACCAAAAAGGAGAAAGCAUGCACCCCUUGAGAAGAAUCCCUCCUUUGCUUCUGACGUCUCAUCUGAUGCUGGCCUCGGCAUGGAUCCCCCCAGCCCCAUGGACGCUGUUGAAAUGGAGGACACAUUUGAAAAGGCCAUUCAGCAGUCGAGCAGAGUUGUCAACGACAGGAUGCCAAUUCGACGAAUCAACUCUUUGCCACUCCAGCUCCAGGGUUUCAGUCCACAUCUGAAGGGACAGGAAACAGAUUCCCACCGCUAUGGAAUAUUCGGACAGCAACCCCCCCAAAUGAGCGCCUCCUCCUCCAGCUCUCAACGUGACAACAAGGAGAACAUGCCGGAGGAGGGCUUUGAAUUCAAGAAACCCAACAUGCCCGUGUCACGGUGUCGAGUGCGCUCCUUCAACAACGGUCAAGCAAAGGACACAUUUUCCCGCCGUCCCAGCUCGGCACCGGCCCUCAUGUUUUCGUCACCUCCUCCAAUCCAGCAGCUGGACUUCUUUGACUCCAGCCCCAUGUUCCUGAGACGUUCCUCCCCCACUUCCUCUCUAAACGACGAUGAGGACGACGGCUUCCUGGAAGUACUGGAUGACAACAUGGAGAACGACUCUGGGAUGCCGAUGGGAAUGGCCAGCUUGCUCACUGCCCCGCUGGUGGCCGACCGUACAGCAGAAGACUCUCCUGUGAUUCGCUGCCGGCCGCGUAGCCUGUUCCGCUCCCCGUCCAUGCCCAGUCCGCUCCCGUCCCGUACCUGCGCGAAGCGUCCCGACUGCUCCGGAGACGAAAACACGCCGAUCAGGGUGAAGAGGCGACGCAGCCUGGCAGGAACACAAGUCACCACCCUGGAACAAAACCCUGAAUCCCCAAGAAUGAGCUGCUCUCUGCUCCAGAGGUCCAAGUCCUUCUGCCAGACCGACAUUGAGAAGCUGCUGGACGGCGAGGACGGCUCUAAUGAGCUGAUAGGAGAUUUCACCAAGCCUUUCGUACUACCCACAGUGGACGGCAAACAUCAAGACCUCAAGUACAUUACCCCAGAGACGAUGGUGGCAGCUCUAUCAGACCAGUUUAAUCAUCUAGUCGAGCAAGUCAUUGUGAUGGACUGCCGCUACCCCUACGAGUUUGAGGGGGGACACAUCAAGAAAGCUCGGAACCUGCACCAGGAGGACCAGGUGGAGGACUUCCUCUUCAAAACGGCCAUCGUCCCGUCCUGCCCGGACAAACGCGUCGUCAUCGUCUUCCACUGCGAGUUCUCGUCGGAGCGCGGCCCUCGAAUGUGCCGCUUCGUCAGGGAGCGAGACCGCGCUGUCAACGAGUAUCCCAACCUCCACUACCCCGAGCUCUACAUCCUCAAGGGCGGAUACAAAGACUUCUUCCCUCAUUUCCAGUCACAAUGUGAACCCCAGUCCUACCGGCCCAUGCACCACGAGGACUUCAAGGAGGACCUGAGGAAGUUUCGCCUCAAGAGUCGCACCUGGGCCGGCGAGCGCAGCAAGAGAGACAUGUACAGCCGACUGAAGAAGCUGUGAGCGCCUCCUCGUCCUCCCUAAAACACACCGCCUCCCCCCCCCCUGAACAGACUGAGUACAAACUCCCCUCAGAGCCCGAGGCCUCGCCCCCACCAACGAGGAAACACCUUUUGGGAUUGGCCAUCAGAAGGGGAUUUUAUAACGUCCCUAAAAGUUUCAUUUAACUCUAGCAAAGUUAGUUAUUUAUGCAAAUUUAACGAGUCGAAAGACAUGAACGUUUGACCUGAAGCGGUCGCUGAGGUGCAGUGAACAGAUUUCAAUAAGAAGCAAUGUGAUCGUUUUUUAAAACCACUUGGACCUACUGCCUGUUUUACCUUUUAUAUGAUGCUGGCACAUUCGCAGCACAAAUCACUGCCAGAUUGCAAUAAUACAAACCAAACCACACACUGCCUGUCUGAAGUCUUUCAGUCUCCUCACUGGAUGUUUUUUAUUUUGCAUGUGUCAUGUUCCACAUUAUUUAAGCACUUAAUUUAAAUACCUUGAAAUGGUGCUUUUUCUUUUGAUACUUUUAUAUGAUUUUUUUUUUUUUUUUUUUUUAUGAAUUGUUUACCCCCAUUUAUACAUUUGUUUGUUGAAGUAUGCCUUUCUCUAGGCGUCCCAAAAUGCAAAUUGGAUAUUUUAAUUACGAGAUUAAUGCAGAGGUUACUUUUCUCCUUCUUGAUCAGUUGGGUUUUUUUCUCGGUCAGGAGAUACCAAAGCAAACAAACUACCUGUUAACUUUGCAGUGAGAUUUUUCUGAUGCUGCAGGCUAGCGAGUGUGAGAGGAUUUUUGAUGUAAGAAAAUAUUAUUUUAUUUUUCAUUUUUGUUUGAUUCUUUUCAAUUUUUCAGAGAUAAAAACGUCUUCCCCUCUGCAGAUCUGAUAAUGCUGGUUUAUAAUGAAUGGGGUGGUUUGGAUAUUUUGGUACAGGCUGGUGGGGGAGCUGCUGAAAUAAAGAGCCAAUGUGUGUUUCAAA